CCUACCCUCAGACUCUCGAGUUGCAUUUUUUCUAUAAAUAUUUGUGGGACAAAUUAAAUUAGCAUUUGUCACACAAUAUAAUAUUUUUUAAAAAAAAUGGAUGAAAUUGAAAUCCCUCAAUACUUUGUCUGCCCCAUAUCACUCCAAAUAAUGAAAGACCCCGUCACCACCGCCACCGGCAUCACCUACGACCGUGACACCAUCCAACAAUGGAUCUCCUCCUCCUCUGCCACCGCCGCCGUGGUAUACUGUCCUGUCACGAAGCAGGCGUUGACUCCUGGCUCGGAGUUGACCCCGAACCACAUGCUCCGGCGGCUGAUCCAGGCUUGGUGCGUAGCCAACGCUAACAACGGCGUCGAUCGAAUCCCUACCCCGAAAUCACCACUUCACCGGGCAUCAGUCAUCAAACUCUUACGAGAUGUAAAUCGGAAUGUGUUGACUUCUCUGAAGAAAUUGGACGAACUCGCCGGAGAAAGUGUGAAGAACCGGGAAUGCAUGGCAGAGGCCGGCGUUGCGAAAGCCAUGAUUCUGUUCGUUCUGAGAUGCUUCAGAUCACGAGGUGAUUAUAAUAAUAAUAUUAAUAUUAAUUAUGUGGGUGUUGAAGAAGCAUUCAGGAUUCUCCAGCUUACGUGGAGAAACAGUGACGAAAACAAGAAUCUUGUUGAAGACAACCUAGAUUUCGUCGAAUCCGUACUGUGGGUUUUGAGAAACGCCGAUGUCGGGAAUUCAGCGAAAACCCACGCGCUUAUGGUCUUGAAAAAUGUGAUGGAAAUUGCUAGCUCGAAUUUGCUUGCUAAUUUGGAGCUCGAUUUCUUCGAAGAAAUUGUGAAAGUUUUGCGACGGAAUUGUUUGCAAGUUGACGUGAUCAAAGCCGCGCUGCAUGUUUUGAUACAGACGUGUACGUCGGGGAGAAACAGGACGAGAAUAGUGGAAGCAGGCGGAGUUUUCGCGGCGGUGGAGGUUGAAAUUGGCGGGGGCGGCGGUACGGCGGAGGAGAAGAGAAUCAGUGAGUUGGUGUUCUGCCUGCUGGCGGAGCUGUGCUCGUGCGCGGACGGGAGGCAGGAGUUUCUGAGGCACGCGGGCGGGAUUGCGGUGGCGGCGAAGAGGCUGCUGAGGGUUUCACCGGCGGUGGAUGACAGGGCGAUGUACGUGUUUGAGUCGAUAGCGAGAUUCUCGGCGACGAGGGAGGUGGUGGCGGAGAUGCUGAGGGUGGGGGCGGUGUCGAAGAUGUGCAUGGUGCUUCAGGCGGAUUGCGCCGGUUAUUUGAAGAAGAAAGCGAGGCAGAUUUUGAGGCUGCAUUCCAAUGCUUGGACUAAUUCGCCUUGUAUACAAGUUUAUCUUUUAUCCAUGAACCCUAGAUAG